GAUCGUUCAAAAAUGUUCCAGGAAAACUGCGCAACAGGCUGGUCCUCAGACUGAAACUUGCUCUUCCCACUCUAGUCCCACUAGGCCUUUCUCGGGGACUAGGAACUGGGGAGAUUCCUGCGUUCAGGAAAGACCUGCCGCCACCGCUGGGCUCCGGACAGGCAAUUUGUUCAGCCAAUUGUCCCUCUUCCAUCGCCCCCUCCUCUCCCUCCCUCAAGGCCGAGGAUAGCGACGUCCUCCUCCUCCUUCUCCUCCUCUUUGGUGCCUCCAGCCAGGAGGCGGGAGUGACCCACAGCAGCUGACCCAGCCUAGGCACUGCCCAGCGCAGGCACUGCCUCUCCACAGUCCACAGGAGCCACCAUGGACCCAGAGGCAGGUUUGCAGUACAGCAGCGACGACGCAGGCGGCGGACCCAGCGACUCUCAAUUGCCUCCCUGACUGCCGCAACCACAGCCCAAGACCCCGAGAAGCCAUCGCGACCACCAGCAGGUGAAUCUAGGGACCCACAAAGCCAUCUUCGCGAUCGACUCAAGCUACGUCAAUAACUAUGGCGGGCGAGGAGCGGCGGCCAGAGCAAGAGCAGGAAGGAUGGGGGGUGUACGUCACACCCAGGGCCCCACUUCGGGAAGGGAGGCGCCGGCUCGCCCCUCAAAAUGGCCGCGAUAGCGACGCGCCUGCGUACAGAACUCCCUCACCGUUGCGCCAGGGCCGGCGGGAAGUGAGGUUCUCAGAGGAGCCGCCAGAAGUGUACGGCGACUUCGAGCCCCGGGUAACCAAAGAAAGGUCCCCGGCAAGAAGACGAACCCCGCCAAAAGAGUUCCGGCCAGAGUCUAUGAAAGAGGAAGUGAAAGAAAGCGCUUACUACCUUCGGUCUCGGCAGCGGAGGCAGCCGCGUCGCCAGGAAGCCGUAGAAAUGAAAACGCGAAGAACUACCCGCCUACAGCAGCAGCACUCACAGCAGCCUCUGCUACAGCUGUCUCCGGUAACGACCAGGAGAGGGUUACGGGACGCUCAGUCCUCGGAAGAGGAUGAGCCAUCUCCCCAUACUGUCUUAAGCCCAACAGUCUCAAAGAAAAAAACUGUCAGGAGAACACAAGAGGUUUCAGUGGUGUGUGAAGAUCCUGUAAUCAGCUUAUGUAGACCUCCUCUAAGAAGCCCAAGAUCUGAUUCGGCAUACAAAACAAAUGGAAAUACUAAAAUGAAUGAAUUAGCCACCAGUGUCCAACAGAAGGUCAAUUUCUCUGAAGAAGGAGAAACUGAGGAAGAGGAUCAAGACAGCUCUGACAGUGAUGUUACUACUGUUAAAGUCAGAUCCGGGGAUUCUAUUGAGUCCAAAGAUCAAAACACCAGAUCAAUUAGUAGUAAAUAUCCAGAAUCACUUUGGCAGUCAUCACAAACUCUAGAUUUCAGAGCUCAUGACAAGCAACCUUCAGUGCUGAGCUCAGGGUAUCAAAAAAAUCCUCGAGAGUGGGUCGAACAAACCGCAAGAAUAAGGACUAGAAUGCAAACGUCUUCACCAGGCAAGAGUUCAAUAUAUGGCAGUUUUUCAGAUGAUGACAGUGUUCAGAAAUCAGAGCUUGGAAACCAGUUCCCAUCAACCUCCAGCCAACCAGAAGUGGCUAAACAACCAAAAAAUACAUCAUAUGUCAAGAUGAAGUGGUGGUGGUCCCUUUUACUGAUCGCUGCUCUUGUCAUUGGAAGUUUUUGGUCGAUUGAUACUCCUGAGAUAGAAACCACUGCUGUACAAGAGUUCCAGAACCAAAUGAAGCAACUUAUGAAUAAGUACCGAGGUCAAGAUGAGAAGCUGUGGAAAAGGAGUCUAACAUUCCUAGAAAAACAUCUUAAUAACUCCCACCCCCAGCCUCAGCCUGCUAUCUUGCUACUCACUGCUGCCCGAGAUGCUGAAGAAGCACUUAAGUGCCUGAGUGAACAAAUUGCUGAUGCCUAUUCUUCCUUCCGUAGUGUCCGUGCUAUCCGGAUUGAUGGGACAGACAAAGCUGCUCAAGACAGCGAUACUGUCAAACACGAGGUAGAUCAGGAACUGAGUAAUGGAUUUAAAAAUGGCCAGAAUGCAGCUGUGGUGCACCGCUUUGAGUCACUGCCUGCAAGCUCUACUUUAAUCUUCUACAAGUAUUGUGACCAUGAAAAUGCAGCCUUCAAAGACGUUGCCUUAGUCCUGACUGUCUUGUUGGAGGAGGAAACACUUGGAACCAGUCUAGGCCUAAAGGAAAUUGAGGAAAAAGUGAGAGAUUUCCUCAGAGCCAAGUUCAUCGAUUCUAACACACCGAGCUCCUAUGAUCACAUGGAUCCAGACAAAUUGAGUGGGCUCUGGAGCCGUAUUUCUCACUUGGUUCUGCCUGUGCAACCUGAAAAUGCCCUGAAAAGCGGCAUCUGCUUAUAAGGGAUGUGAGAAGAGAAAAUCUCGUUUCAAGUUCUGAGAAUUUUUCGGACUUUCUAACCAGAGACAAGAUUUAGAACUCUUUUUAAACAAACUGGUUUCUUUUUAAAGGAAGUUAAGUUCUUAUGUAAACAUGGCACAUCUAAAUCAUUUAUUCAGCCUAAUAUGUUACUUGAGAGAAUUAUUUGUCUAUUUCCAUUGAGAGCUAUGUGAAGGGUAUCUUAGGAGUGUAAAUUAUAUGCAGUCCCGUAGAGGAUCUCUUUAGAUUCUGGGCUGAAUCAUUAUGAUACAGUGUGACCAGUGGGAAGGCCUGGGCUCCUUUCCAAUGAAUCCUCCCAAUUUUUUAACUUAGAUUUUUCACAAAGUUUAUUGAGUUAUUAGAAAGGCAGCUUCCCAAAUGCAACUGUGGGUUUUCCCAUUUUGUUCCCUUGUACAUCUUUUAGGUGUGUGUUUCUUAGUCAGCUGCUGCUUAUAGGAGCAAAAGUAACAAAAGGUCAUUUGGGUGUGUGUUUGGAACUUUUUCUUUGCUUUUGGGGGGUCAGGGAGAAAGAGGCAAACGAGAAAUUGUGGAAUGAUAAAGGAAAAGGGAGAAAAAAGUCUUCAGGAUGAAAUAUUACAAUAAGCAGUUGAGGCGUAAGUCAGACAUGAGUAUAUGAACUUCAUUGGAUUGUGUUAGGAUUUGUGUUUUUAUAUAUACUUUCUUUUAAGAAAUUCAUAUUCCUCCCAAGAAUUUUUGAAGCAUGUAUAUCAUGAGGCUUAGUAUUUGCUCAUUUAACUUUUAAGUGUGGGUAAAUUUUAGAGCAGUUUAUUUUGGGCAUACCCUGAAACUUUUGUUUUGAAUUAAGAAAGAUAAUUUCAGGAAUUAGUAAAGCAUUUGUUAACUAGCUUUUCUGGGCUAUCAAAGAAAGGUUUAGUUUUCUGUGUGUCUUCUUGUUGCAGUCUAAGUCCCUUAAUGCCACUCUGUAAGAAAUAAAAGAUUUACUAUGCACAUGAAGAAUUUUAGUAAGAGUACCUCAAGCCAAAAAGAAAAUGGACUUUAUCACAUAUGAAGAAUGUUAAGAUGUAUUUCUGUACUGCUAUGAUAUUUCAAUUGUAACUUGACAUGUAUAACCGAGCUUUCUCAUCUGUCUACUACUUGGUUUUCUCUGAAUCUUAUAAUUCUAGAUCCACCUCAUUUUUUUUUUUUUUAAUUGUCUUUUAGAAUGCUAUAGUGAGUCAUUGGCUUCAUCAUUUGCCUUUUGAAGUUUCCAUAACUGGUAGUAGAGAGUGGCCUAGUUUCUUUUCACCAAGACUGGCAGUACUUUUAAAUUUAUUCCCCUUUACUGUAAUUUGUUCCUGUCAAAAGUCAGAUCAUCUGAUUUAUUUUAUAGAGGAUCUAAAAUGGGGGUUUUGAAAAGGCUUCUUUUAUACAUGCAUAUUAUACAGAGAAACAAAUGUUUUUAUUGAAAGUUUGACCAAAAGAAUUUUAAAAUAAUAUGCUAUAUCUUUCAGGAAAAAUAAUUGUAGCAGCUGAUCUGUAAAUAACUUUAAAAGCUAUUUUAGUAAUUUAAAUAAAGUUACUUUCUUGGUUUGUA